UAGGAAUACACACGAACAGAAGGGACUCUUAUUCUGAAGUUGACCGGGUAGCUUCCGGUGAUAUGUUGUCUCGCCACUGCCAGCUUGCUGGUUCUCUCGGUGAUUCAUCCUGAUGACUGUCGCCCGCAGGAGUGCCGAGCUGCUCUCACAGGUUUAAGUAACGCCGAAGUGGCUGAAACUCGUUUCUCUUCUUUCCCUCUUUGCAGGAGGACACACGGAGCUCAGGUCUCUUCCUUUGGAAACACGAUUUUAUUUAACAGCUCCUCGCACAGAGCAAGGAAAAGAACAGAAAAAUGCCUAAAGCGGUCAAUGUUCGCGUCACCACCAUGGAUGCUGAGCUGGAGUUUGCCAUCCAGCCCAGCACCACCGGCAAGCAGCUGUUUGACCAGGUGGUGAAAACCGUUGGCAUACGUGAAGUCUGGUACUUUGGACUUCAGUAUAUGGAUGGCAAAGGUUACUACACUUGGCUAAAACUGGACAAAAAGGUGUCGUCCCAGGACGUCAAGAAGGAGAACCCGCUGCAGUUCAAGUUUCGGGCCAAGUUCUUCCCUGAGGAUGUGUCUGAGGAGCUGAUCCAGGACAUCACCCAGAAGCUUUUCUUCCUGCAGGUGAAGGAGGGCAUCCUGAGCGACGAGGUUUACUGUCCACCAGAGACAGCCGUGCUGCUCGCCUCCUACUCUGUUCAGGCCAAGUUUGGAGACUACAACAAAGAAGUCCACCAGCCUGGAUACCUGCUGUCCGAACGCCUGCUGCCACACAGAGUUCAGGAGCAGCACAAGUUAUCCAGAGAGCAGUGGGAGGAGAGGAUUCAGGUGUGGCACGAGGAGCACCGUGGGAUGUUGAAGGAGGACGCUAUAAUGGAGUACCUGAAGAUCGGCCAAGACCUGGAAAUGUAUGGAGUUAACUACUUUGACAUCAAGAACAAGAAGGGAACAGAGCUGUGGCUGGGAGUGGACGCCCUGGGACUCAACAUUUAUGAGAAGGACGACAAAUUGACCCCAAAGAUUGGCUUCCCCUGGAGUGAGAUCAGAAACAUUUCCUUCAAUGAUAAGAAGUUCAUCAUCAAACCCAUUGACAAAAAAUCUCCGGACUUUGUGUUUUAUGCAGCAAGAUUGAGGAUAAAUAAGCGCAUCCUGCAGCUGUGCAUGGGCAACCACGAGCUGUACAUGCGUCGCCGCAAGCCAGACACGAUCGAGGUGCAGCAGAUGAAGGCCCAGGCCCGAGAGGAGAAGCAACAGAAACAGAUGGAGAAGGCCCAGCUGGAGAAAGAGAAGAAGAAGAGAGAGGUCAUCGAGAGAGAGAAGGACCAGAUGGAGCGGGAGAAGCAGGAUCUGAUGAUGAGGCUCUACCAGUUUGAGGAGAAGACCAAGAAGGCAGAGAAAGAUCUGCAGGACCAGGUCCAGAGAGCCAUGAUGCUGGAGCAGGAGCGACGGAGAGCCGAGGAGGAGGCAGCUCGUCUGGAGGCCGAGCGCCAGGCUGCUCUGCUGGCUAAAGAGGAGCUUGCCCGCCAUGCUGAGGACCAGCAGAAGGGUCAGGAGCAGCUGGCUGCAGAGCUGGCAGAGCACACCGCCAAGAUCAGCCUGCUGGAGGAGGCCAAGAGACGCAAGGAGGAGGAGGCCGAGUCAUGGCAGCUCAGGGCCAUGGAGGCCCAGGACGAUCUGAUAAAGACCAAGGAGGAGCUGCACAUGGUGAUGACGGCGCCCCCCCCGCCUCCACCUCCACCUCCCCCCAUGUACGAACCCCUGGACGACAACAGCGACAGCGAAGAGAACGCCAGCACAAACAGCGCCGAGCUGCAGACUGAAGGCAUCAAUGACCACCGCUACGAGGAGGAUCGCCUGACCGAGGCCGAGAAGAACGAGCGCGUCCAGAAACAGCUGAAGGCCCUGACCUCAGAGCUGGCUCAUGCACGUGAUGAAUCCAAGAAUACCCAGAAUGACCUUCUUCACAGUGAGAACGUCCGGGCCGGCCGAGACAAAUACAAGACCCUGCGACAGAUCAGGCAGGGCAACACCAAGCAGAGGAUCGAUGAGUUUGAGUCCUUAUAAAAAAAAAAAUUUAAAAAAAGCCCCUCACCCUUUCUGAAUGGUCACUACAUCUCGGCCGUCACACAUGGACACACACAAACGCGCUUAAACUCAUGUAUAACACACAUCAGUUGCAGACUAAACUGGAGCAGUAUAAGCAUCACUUACAGAGAGACACUCCUGUUUUGAGCGUGCAGAUCUUUACGGAUCCCUCGAAGAAAACUUAGUGCCAAAACCUUUCUCUUCUUAGUGUUUCAGAUCUUAUUUGUGUAUUUGAUUGUGUGUCAUUUGAUCAAAUUUAGACCAAAUCAUUAUUGUUUUUAUCCAGAGGUGUGAUGAAGUAGUGGGACUAGCCUAAUUUAAUUAUUAUUACAUGACGUGCACAUAUGAUAUGUAAUCAAAGCCUCGCUUCUUUUUGAUGUCUGUCAUUCGUCGUGUGGGAAGAAAAGGACAGUUUAUAGCGACCACUCAGAAAGGGGGAAAACAGUAUAAACAGGAAAAUGUUUGUUUUGUUUUUGUUUUACAUUUUUUUGAACACUUCCAUUUAUGUUUAAUAUUGCUAUACAGUAGUUUAAAAUCAUCCCUGGUUUGAUAUUUAUGCUGUAUAUGGGACAUUGAAAUGGGGUAUUUCAUCUUGGUUUGUAUACUUUUGCUAUCUACUAAUGAUAAUAAAAACAUUUAAUGUUUCAAAGAUUUUAUAUAUUCACCAAAAUGAUAGCUGUGUUAUGUUCUACAUGUUUUCCUUUAGAUCGCUAAAUUAAAGAGAUUAAACUGUAAAUUAUUAUUUUUUACUUUAGGAAAUAUCCAGCUGCAUGUCAUUAAAUCAGUUAAAAGGAGUUUGUUAUCAAUCUAGGUACUUUUGAUUAGCUUUUUUUUUUUUUUUUUUUUUUUUUUGCAAUGCAGUUCACAGCAUGCUGAGGAUUGUCUUUAUCCUCAAAAUCACUGUGUCGAGUGGGACACUUAGUUUUGAUAUAUUUUAUUUCUCUGUGUCAUGUCGCUGUUGAGUGAGAGAUGGGCAUGUGCUGUGUGCUUUUAGCCUUCUAAGUGGACUCUGGCUGUUCCUCUGCAGGAAUCAGUGCCAGACAGUUUGUUUUCACUACGUAGCCAAGGUGAUGUCACUAAAUAUAUGGAAGCCUUUAGUUCAGGGGUGUCCAACUCAUUUUAAUUCAUGGGCCACAUACAGCACACUUUGAUCUCCAGUGGGCUGGACCAGUAAAACCCUUGCAUAAUGUCCUACAAAUCACAAUAUCUCCAAAAUUCUUUUCUUUUGUUUUUGUGUAAAAAAGUAUGUUGUGAAAACGUCCCCUAUGUCCCUAUGAGUAAAAGACUGACUGCUGUUUCCUGAAAACUACCAACAAUUCAUAUAUCUUCUCUGUUCUCAGUUGUCCUGGCAAGUUCUUGUAUUGUUUGUGAAACAACACCAAGCACAAUGGCCUCCCAUUUACCUGUAUGAAGAAAUAGGAACUGUUCCAUUUUUCUUUGAAAACCCGACACUCUGUCUCUUUUUUUCCCCCCUUAGUUACAAAGACAUUUGUCACCCGGGGCUCCUGCAUGAACAGUAGCCUACGCUUGACAGUGUUGUUUCACAUAGUCAGUGCGUAAGCACGUGGGAUCUAUAAUAGGAUAUCCAGCGUAGGGCCUGCUACUCUCAUUAGGACAGUACGACCGCGGUGGACCAAUGGGAAUAGCAGUGCAUUUUAUUGUAAAUUGUGGAAAUUUCAGAGACAUAAUUUAUUUCACUUUCCAAAGUCUUACUGUGGGUCGGAUUGGACCCUUUGGAAGGCUGGUUCUGGCCCCCAUGCCGUAUGUUUGACACCCCUGCUUUAGUUCUUUUAGUGUUACGCCUAACGGGGGUUUUGAGGUUUGAACGUUGCAAAGAGCUUUUAUUUUGCAGCUUGGUCACAAUGGACUGACCCUGACAGUACCACACCAACAUCUCACUCUCCUCCCUCUGGACAUGGACUAGAGUAGCAUCUACUGACACUGUAAUGGAAGCACUCUGCUCUGCUGGCCUUUGUAUAGGAACAGGAUUUUAUAAUGAGGUGUUCAACAUAUUGGCAAUAAAGAAAAAUCUAUGAUUAUA